AUGCGACGAACUACCCUCCAAUAUCUCUCACAGUCUUACGAGUUCCCAAACAGUAACUGUCUACAGUUUCAAGGAAAUGGUGAUUCUCUGUCGUUUGAUCAGCCGGAGAAUGAAUCGCUAGACCUUCUUGAUCACACUUUAAUUCGAUGGUUGAGUCGGCGGUGGAGUUUCUGGUACCGUCGUCGUGGGAGAUUGAGGUUGCGGUGGCCGCUUCCGCAGGAGGCGGAGAUGACGAAGCCGAUAGGACAGUUGAGAGGAGACACUCAAACAAAUGCUGCAUAUAUAAUCAAGGUGGAACUGCUGGCUGCUAAGAACCUCAUUGGUGCUAACUUAAAUGGAACCUCAGAUCCUUAUGCAAUUGUAAAUUGUGGAUCAGAAAAGCGAUUCAGUUCUAUGGUCCCUGGCUCUAGGAAUCCAAUGUGGGGUGAAGAGUUCAAUUUUCCCACAGAUGAGCUUCCUGCUAAGAUCAAGGUAACAAUUCAUGAUUGGGAUAUCAUUUGGAAAAGUACGGUCCUUGGCUCAGUAACGAUUAACGUUGAACGGGAAGGCCAGACGGGUCCAGUGUGGCACUCAUUAGAUAGCCCAUCGGGGCAGAAGGCUAAUCCAGUUUUGUUUGUCAGGGCUAUAACUGGAUAUGCUGGAGCCUGUAGAAGAAGGGUCACGUUGGAUCAGCAAGGCCCAACAAUUGUACAUCAGAAGCCAGGGCCUCUGCAGACAAUAUUUGAUCUACUCCCUGAUGAGGUUGUUGAGCACAGCUAUUCAUGCGCCUUGGAGAGGUCAUUCUUGUAUCAUGGCCGAAUAUAUGUUUCUGCGUGGCACAUAUGUUUUCACUCCAAUGUUUUCUCCAAGCAAAUGAAGGUAGUUGUACCUCUGGGAGAUAUAGAUGAGAUUCGUAGAAGCCAACAUGCAUUGAUAAACCCAGCAAUAACAAUCAUACUACGGAUGGGCGCUGGUGGACAUGGUGUUCCUCCUCUUGGGACUCCUGAUGGUAGAGUGAGGUAUAAAUUUGCAUCGUUUUGGAACAGGAACCAUACACUAAAAGCAUUGCAGCGUGCAGUUAAUAAUUAUCAUGCGAUGUUAGAAGUUGAAAAGAAGGAGAGAGCAGAAUCUGCCUUACGUGCUCACAGUAGCUCUGUGAAAGGAGGUGGUAAAGUACAAGUUAAAGCUCCUGAAGAUACUGCAGCUGUACCUGUAAAGUUUCAGGCUUUCAUCAAGGAAGAAGUCCUUGUCGGCAUUUACAAUGAUGUUUUUGCCAGCACACCUGAGCAGUUCCUGAACGUCUUGUUGGCUGAUGAUUCCACGUAUACCAACGAGUACAGAUCUGCAAGGAAGGAUAAAAAUCUUAAUAUUGAGCCUUGGCAUACUGCUGAGGAAUAUGACGGUCAAGUUAGAGAGAUUAAGUUCAGAUCCAUUUGUAAUAGUCCCAUGUGUCCACCAGACACUGCUGUGACGGAAUGGCAGCACGUUGUUCUGUCACCAGAUAAGAAAAUGCUGGUUUUUGAAACUGUGCAACAGCCACAUGAUGUUCCUUUUGGUUCUUACUUUGAGGUCCAUUGUCGAUGGCGCUUGGAAGCUAAAGAGGAGACUUCAUCUGUUAUAGAUAUUAGAGUUGGUGUACAUUUCAAGAAAUGGUGCUUGAUGCAAUCCAAGAUUAAAGCAGGAGCAAUUGAUGAGUACAAGAAAGAAGUGGAAGUGAUGCUCGAAGUUGCAUUGUCGCAUCUCAAGUCUCACUUGUCCUCAAGCAGCCAUGGCGAUGUAAACAACAACUCUGCUUCGCUAUCUCCAAUAGCAGAGAACAUAGGCUAA